CAAAAUUGCUUGUAGUCUACUGGUGUGUGAGUUAAACUUAAAUGAACAUGAGGUACUUUGUUCGAAUCCUAUGGAGGAUGUUUAUUUUUGGAUAUAAUGUGUGUACCACUAAAUUCCGGUUUCUGGUCUAACCGGCCGGAAUUUCCGGAUUUGACCGGGUCUGACCGGUAUUGACCGGAUUUGAUCACAGUUAAAUACCGGCCCCUUUCCAGCCGGUUUGCUGACCGGUACCGGUUGAACCCGGUUGAACCGGCCGGCAUGAAACCGGUUUGACAACCAUGGUUCAAAAUGACAUUUGUCAAAAAAAAAAAAGAGUUCAAAAUGACAGAUUCCUUUAAAAACAAAGGUAUCAUACAUGAACAAUCUUGUGUUGAAACCCCUAAACAAAAUUCUAAGGCUGAACGUAAGCACCAACUCAUUCUUUCUGUUGCUCAUGCCUUAAAAUUCCAAGCCAAUCUUCCUAUUGAAUUUUGGUCAGACUGUGUCCUCCAUGUAGUUUUCCUAAUCAAUCGAAUUCCUUCUCGGGUUCUUUCCAACAAAUCCCCUUUUGAAUUUCUCCAUCACAAACCCCCUGAUUUGUCCUUCCUUAAAGUGUUUGGAUGUCUUACAUUUGCCUCCACUUCUCCCAGUACCUGAAACAAGUUCUCCUCUUGUGCAAGAAAGUACAUUAACAUUGAUUUUACCACUGGUAUAAAGGGUUACAGACUAUAUGAUUUAGACACUCAUCAGAUUUUCACUUCCCGUGAUGUCAUUUUUCAUGAAUUUGUCUUCCCUUUUGCUGUCACCACUACUCCCUCACCUUCCUCCCUUCCAGUUUCUUCUAUUCUCAUUCCAGUUUAGGAGGAUGAUGACCCUCCUUAUCUACCUCUUGUUCCUCCUUCCUCCAAUAUCCCUUCUGAUCAUGACUCUGAUUCAGUUGGUGAAGCUCCACCUGACACUCCACCCUCUGUUGUCAUCAUCCACUUCUUCUAGCUCUACUCUUUCUCCUCGACCCUUACCUGCUCGUCUGAUUCGCCCACCUCCUCGUCUACUUGGUCAACCGCAGGCCGCAAUUACUUGCAUCCAAGCGGUGUCCAGCAACUACCAGCAGCAGGUAUCCCAUUGAAUCUUACAUUUCUUAUGAUAAGCUUAAUCCAUCUCAUUAGAACUUUGUUCUCACCAUCUCUGCUAACAAAGAGCCUUCUUCUUAUCAUGAGGUUGCAAAGUCCAAUGAAUGGAAUUUAGCUAUGCAACAUGAAGUCACAGCCUUGGAAAGAAACAAAUCUUGGGAUAUCGUUCCCCUUCCCCCCCCCCCCCCCCCCCCCCCCCCCCCCCCCCCCCCCCCCCCCCCCCCAAGAGCUAUUGCCAUUGGCAACAAAUGGAUUUAUAAGAUGAAGUACUUGUCCACUAGCGACAUUGAAAGGAACAAAGCUCGGCUUGUUGCUAAAGGAUACACACAGCGUGAAGGGAUUGGUUACAUGGAUACAUUUGCGCUGGUUGUUAAAAUUACCAUUGUUCGCUUGUUCUUGGUUGUUGCAGUAGUGCGCAACUGGCAUCUUCAUCAACUAGACAUAAACAACGCCUUUCUACAUGGCGAUUUAACUAAGGAUGUCUACAGGAAGCUACCUCAGGGUGUUGCAGCACCAGCAAACAUUAGGAAUCCUGUCUCUAAACUCAGGAGAGCCAUUUAUGGCCUCAAACAUGCCUCUCAACAGUGGUUUUCUAAACUAUCAGACAGUCUAUUGUAGCAGGGCUAUCUCCAGAGCAAAUCAGAUCAUUCUCUCUUCACCAAGGUAUCUCCCACUUCUUAUACAUCUAUCGUGAUUUAUGUUGAUGAUUUGAUCAUUGGUGGGAAUGAUCUUAUGGUGAUCAAUCAUGAGAAAGCACAUCUUCAUCAGGCUUUUAGUAUUAAAUACCUGGGUGCUCUCAAAUACUUUCUUGGCCUUGAAGUGGCCAGAAGUCCGCAGGGAAUUCAUCUUUCCCAACGUAUAUACACUCUUGAGAUUCUUGAUGAGGCUGGUCAUCUUGGAGCCAAACCUGUCUCUACUCCCAUGGAUUACAAGAUCCAUUUGAAAAUGGAUGAUGACACUGAUCUCGUUGAUGCCACUGCUUAUAGAAGUUUGGUUGGAAAACUGAUUUACUUGACCACCACCCGUCCAGAUUUUAGUUUCAUCACUCAACAAGUCAGUCAGUUUAUGUGUCAUCCCACUGUCACUCAUCUGAAGGCAGUUACUCAAAUCCUCAGGUAUCUCAAGAAGAGUCCUGGUACUGGUAUCUUCUUCUCUUUGCAAUCCUCUCUUGAAUUAAAGGCCUUUAGUGAU